AUGACUCUUGUGGAUAAACUAAACAGUAUGAAGAUAAACGAAGAACUAGAAGAUUCGGAUGAUGAGUUUAAUGACUCCGAGGAAGAUGGGAUUGAUUCUGCAUUGGAUUCAUCACAGAGUCCUGGGACCGAUGAAUUGCGUGUCCUGCUACUGGGAGCAAGAGGGGCAGGAAAAAGCUCCACUGGAAACACGAUCCUCGGUUGCCACACCUUUAACACGGACAUGCAGUUGAGCAGAGUUACGCAGGUCUGUGAAAGGGCUUUUGGGAUCAUCCACGACUGGCCUGUGGCCAUAAUCGACACUCCAGGUUUAAACAGAUUCGGGUGUACUGAGAGAGAAGUGACCAGAGAGAUCCUCAAGUCCUUCUCCCUCUAUGCUCCAGGACCACAUGUUUUUCUGAUGGUUAUGCCUAUAGGAAACUUAACUCAAGAUGAUCACAGCAUGCAUAAGUUGAUAGAAAGCAUGUUUGGCAAAAGCAUCUGGAAGUACACCGUUAUUGUGUUCACACAUGGAGAUAGAUUGGGGAACAAAAUACCUAAUGAUGUCAUCGCAUGCUCCGACGAGGGGCUUCGCGAGUUCAUCCGUAAGUGCAGCGGUGGGUUUGUGUUUUUCAAUAACAAAGACACAGACAACUACACGUAUGUGAGUGAACUUUUAACGAAAAUUGACACUCUGCUGGCCAUUAAUGGGAAAGGAUGCUACACGACGUCUUUUUACCCGUCGGCAGAGAGAAAGAUAAGGAAGAAAAUGGAGAGGAUUUUAGAAAAGAGAAAACAAGAGAUUGCAAAAAAGGAGAAAGAUUUGGGGAUGCUCUGCCAAAGCGAGCUGGAGUUAGAAAGAGAGAAGCAACAAAUGUGGCGAACUGAAGAAGACGAAGCAAGAAAACGGGCUGAGAAAUCAUCCAAACAAAGAAAGAGCAUAACCAAACCUCACUUAAAAGCAGUGUUUCUUAUAGCUAAGGGGGCAGUGGCCCACUUUAAUGUAGGAGGCCUCAACAAAACUUCCAAGGAGGCCUUAAAGGCAGGAGCAAUGACUUCAGAGGAGAUUCAGUUGGCCUUUGUAAAUAUUGAGAAAGACACUUUUGAACUGGAAUCAACACUGAGCUACUUCGGGACCAAUUCAAAAUCACCAUCUUCGCACGGUGAGACAGAAGAAUUGUGCAUCCUGUUACUGGGAGCGAGAGGAUCGGGUAAAAGCUCUUCUGGAAACACCAUCCUCGGGUUUAACGCUUUCAACACAGACAUGCAGCUGAGUAGAGUCACACAGAUCUGUGAAAGGGCAUCCGGAAACAUCAACGGCCGACCUGUGGCCAUAAUCGACACUCCAGGACUGGUUAAAGUCAAUCGAAUGGAAAAGUCUGUGAUCAGUGAGAUCUUAAAAUCUGUUUCGCUCUAUAAGCCAGGACCACAUGUGUUUCUGCUGGUCCUACCUGUAGGAAACUUAACUAUUGAAGACAAGAACAUGCAUAAGUUGAUCGAGAACAUGUUUGGGAGGGACGUUUGGGAGUACACUGUUAUUUUGUUUACACACGGGGAUCGUCUGGAGGGGAAGACUCCAAACGAUGUCAUUGCCAGCUCAGACAAAGACCUCAGGGACUUUAUUCGUAAGUGCAGCGGUGGAUUUGUGUUCUUCAAUAACAAGGAUGUGGAAGACUCUGAGCAGGUGAGCAAACUUCUGGAGAAGAUUGAGACCUUGAUGGCCGUUAAUGGCAGAAGCUGCUACACAACGUCUCUUUUCCCAGCUUCAGAAAGGAAGAUAAGAGAGAAACAGAAGAAGAUACUGCAGCAUAGAGAAAGAGAGAUAGCACAGAAGGAGAAAGAGCUGGAGGAGAAUUAUGAAGAUGAGGAGUUAGAGAGGAAGAAACGCGAGGUCUGGAGAGAGGAAGAAGAAAAUGCACGGAAACUAGCGGAGAAUCCACAAAGACGAAAAUCUCUGUCAGGAAAUCUCACCAAAACCCAUUUAUCUGUAACAAAAUUACAAACAAUUCACUGA